AUGGCUGAUCGGUCAAGUCGUCGGCAACUUUCACCCUCGACACCGUCACCGAUACCACCGUCACCGAUUCCACCAUCGGUGCAUUCGCAAGCGUCAUCCGUUUGCGGAUCUUUGCGUGGAUCGUUUCGUGAUUUGCGUGAAAGUUUACGCGAACUUCGGUUACCGCGUUUAUUCGCGGUAACGAAAGAGAAGUCGGCAUCGGCGUUCAGCAUUGCACUGGAGAUGACUCGAUCGUCAAAUUCAUCGUCACAAAUGGAUGGGAAUAUGAGUAGGAAGCGUCAGUAUGCUUCUACUGGAAACAUUCCUAGGAAAGGGCGCCGUAAAGCCGUUGUUAAUUGGCAUAAUUACACACCGCACAAUCUAAAUAAACAAUUUCACUUAGGCAAGUCUAUUUUUGAACCUUUAUUUUAUGACAGACUUUAA